CCCCUCGGCGGCGGCUGCUGUUGCUAACUGCAGCUCCCGCUGCCUCCUGCGCUUGGCCUGCGGCUGCUGCAUCCUCGGCCGGCCGGGUCCCGCCCUGCGCUGCGCCCGGCCCCGCCAUGGUAUCCUGGAUCAUCUCUCGCCUGGUGGUGCUCAUCUUUGGCACACUGUACCCAGCUUAUUCUUCCUACAAGGCCGUGAAGACCAAGAAUGUGAAGGAAUAUGUAAAGUGGAUGAUGUACUGGAUCGUCUUUGCUUUCUUCACCACAGCUGAGACACUCACUGACAUCAUACUGUCCUGGCUCCCCUUCUACUUUGAACUCAAGAUCGCUUUUGUGAUAUGGCUGCUGUCCCCCUACACCAAAGGCUCCAGCGUCCUCUACCGCAAGUUUGUCCACCCAACACUGUCCAACAAGGAAAAGGAGAUCGAUGAGUACAUCACACAGGCCCGAGACAAGAGCUAUGAGACCAUGAUGAGGGUGGGCAAGCGAGGCCUGAACCUGGCUGCCAACGCUGCCGUAACAGCCGCUGCCAAGGGCCAGGGGGUGCUGUCGGAAAAGCUUCGGAGCUUCAGUAUGCAGGAUCUGACUCUCAUCCGGGGUGAGGACACGUUGCACCUGCAAGGGCCUGAUGGCCGUCUCCGACCUGGCCCUGGUGGCCUCCUGGACACCAUUGAGGACUUAGGAGAUGACCCUGGCCUGAGUUUAAGGUCUAGCACAAACCAGGCAGAUCCCCGGAUGGAAACCUCGGAGGAUGACUUGGGGGAUAAGGCUCCCAAGAGGGCCAAGACAGUCAAAAAAGUGGCCAAAGCAGAGCCACUGGCUUCCAAGACACUGAAGACUCGACCCAAGAAGAAGAGCUCUGGUGGGGGCGACUCAGCCUGAGGCCCUCGGUGAGGAGGAAGCCCGGGAAGGGCUGUGGGGCCGCCUCCAGCCCAGCCCUGCGCCCCCCGACUGUGUGGUGGUUCGGGGUACACACUGACACAGAGGCUGGCGACUGAGCCCCCAAGGAGGUGGGGACCCUGUGACUGGCACUGCUUGUCUCCCCACUGCAGCCUCACCCCACCCACCCAGUGCCUUGCCGAAGACCAUGGCCGUCCCCUUCUCUGAGGCCCUGACGUCCCUGCUGCUCUUCCCGGGAUGACAGUGGCCACCACAGCCCAGAUGGACCGAGGAGAGGACAGAAGGCACCGGGACAAAUGGGCCUGAGGGGCGGGGUGUCAUCCAGGCCCAACUGUGAGUCAAGGACAUGGGCUUUAGGUGACCGAGUCGGCUGGUAGGGCUGUGUGCUGUGUCCCCACUAAAAAGAAAAAUAGGGUCCUAGGGGUGUGCAUGUGAGCGUGUGUGUUUAACUUGGGUGAAGGAUUCUACCUCCAGCAGUCACCUUCUCUCCCCUUCCAUGCUGGCUUCCCUUCCUCUUCAUCCUUUCUGCUAGUCUCUGAGCCUCCAAGGACCCCAGCCCAUGACAGAAUGAGGCUCUAAGGGGUCUUUCCCCUCUUCCAUCCUGGAUUCCUUUUACCCAUUCCUGACUCCACUUCUCAGGGCCCACUGUAGAGGCCCUGCCCAGCUGCCUCCUUUCCUCUCUCCCUGGGGGCCCAUCCACUCUUGCCCCCAGGGUCCCCUUCCUGUGCCAAGCAAACCCUUGUCAGAAGCAGCCUGGACUCCACCCCCUGCCCCCGUUCUGUCUGCCUCAGUCGGGACAGGAGGGAUGUGUGAAGGAGGAAAGACAGGAGCCAGGCAGCUCCCAGUUCCUCAGUGCCCGAUGGACCUUUGUCACUGGAUGAGCCAAUAAACCAAACUCUGGCACCUCA